AUGACGUCACGGGGGAAUCCGUUCGAAGACGGGGCUCUCAACGUCUUCGCCAAUCAGCGCCUGCGCACUGCCCCCUCCCACCCGCCGGGGUCCAGCGGCGCGCCCGUCUCCAUGGCAACCGGCUGGGGCCAGGAUGCAGCAGCGCCUCCCGGAAUGGCAGUGACGUUUGAGGACGUCGCCCUGUAUUUCUCGCUGGAGGAGUGGGCUCAUCUGGAUUCCGGUCAGCGGAAGCUCUACAGGAACGUCAUGUGGGAGAACUACAAAAAUGUGGUGUCACUAGGAAUUCUUCUUCCCAAACCGGACCUGAUUGCUUUGAUUGAGCAAGGAGAAGAGCUCUGGGGGCUGGAAUUUCAUGUAGCCGAGGAGAGAGGGAGCCGAAAAGCCGUCCGCACAGGAGACCGGACUGGGAAUCUGAGAGACAGUUCUCCAGGAAAACCUUCCCAUCCGGCUCAAAGAGGGGAGCUUGCCCUGGGUUCUAGGAGAAGCCCCUGCGAGGUCGAAGCCAGAUCAUCCACCGGAAGAAAAGGGAAACGCUUUUCCGGGUCUCGGGACCAGUCCCAGGGAAGGGGGAGGCCGGAAAAAGCCCUUCCCCAGGGACUGCGCUCAGCGCAUCGUCCGAUUCCCCGGAAGCCGGACUCCUCAGAUCAGGCUUCUUCCUUAAGCGAGCGGCAGAAGACUUUGUGCUGGAAAGGGCAACCGAGAGACCCCAAGGGACCGAAUUCGUACAAAUGCGGGAACUGUGGGAAGAGCUUCGAUUGGAAAUCCCGGCUCGUCCACCACCUGUGCGCUCACACCGGAGAGAAACCUUACGUGUGCGUCAGCUGCGGCAAAGACUUCAGCCAGAGCUCAGCCCUGUACCGCCAUCAGCGGGUCCACACGGGAGACAAGCCCUACAAGUGCGACGAGUGCGGGAUAGGCUUCUUUGAAAAAUCGGGGCUCUUCCGCCAUCGGCGGGUCCACACGGGAGACAGGCCCUAUAAGUGCGACGAGUGUGGGAAGGGGUUCAGUGAGAGCUUCAAUCUCUACGUCCACCAAAGGGUCCACACCGGGGAGAGGCCGUAUCGGUGUGGCGAGUGCGGGAAAGGCUUCAACCAGAGCUCCCACCUCUACGUCCAUCAGCGGGUCCACACGGGAGACAAACCCUACAAAUGCGACGAGUGCGGGAAAGGCUUCAACCAGAGUUCCCACCUCUACGUCCAUCAGAGGAUCCACACGGGGGACAAGCCGUACCGAUGCGGCGAAUGCGGGAAAGGAUUCAGUCGGAGCGCUCACCUCUACCAGCAUCGGAGAAGCCACACCGGGGAGAAGCCCUUCACCUGCGACGAGUGUGGGAAAGGCUUCACGCGGAGCAACCAUCUCGGCGUCCACCGGCGAGUCCACUCGGGCAAGAAGCCAUUCAAAUGCGAGGACUGCGGGAAGGGCUUUAGUCGGAGCGCCCACCUUUACCAGCACCAGAGGAUCCACACGGGAGAGAAACCCUAUAAAUGCGACGAGUGUGGGAAAGGCUUCACCCGGAGCUCCCAUCUUUACGUCCACCGGCGAGUCCACACGGGAGAGAAACCCUAUAAGUGCGACGAGUGCGGGAAAGGUUUCAACCAGAGCUCCAACCUCUACGUCCACCGGAGGGUCCACGCGGGAGACAAACCGUAUAAGUGUGAGGAGUGUGGGGAAGGCUUCGGCCAGAGCUUCAAAUAUUACCUUCAUCAGAGAGGUCACAAGGAAGAGAGGCUGUGCGGGUGCCCGGAGUGACGCAGGUCGAAGUCCGUGCCGACGGGGGGUCCGUCAAACUUUCCGUUGACCCAGGGGCAUUGCCGUUUGGGGCUUUCGGAGGCCUCGGGAAGCGGCUGGAAGCCUGUUGUAUGCGGAGCACUGUAUUAACUGCUUAGAAGACUAAGACACAGGCACAGAAGACACAGAACUUGCCCUCAAGAAGCUUCACAGUCUAAUAGGGGAGAAGGUUGGGCACAGCAGGAUCUCAACCCAAACUCUCCUAGCUAUUAGGGUCCCUCACGAAGCGUCAGGCCUCAUUCAUUCAUUCAUUCACUCGUUCAGUUGUAUUUAUUGAGCGCUU